AUGGACUUGAACGGGCGCGACCAAUCACAGGAAGACAUUGACGCGACGCUGGGGGAGCUCUUGAGCAAUUUCUCGUCGGCUGCUAGCGGUGAUGACGACGCGAGUUGGUACUCUCAAUGCACAGGAAGGGUGAAGGCCAAGUGGGAGGAGGGAAAUAGCAGCGAGACAAACGAUAUCCGAUCGCACAUCAGAAACCAAAUCGUGGUGGACAUUCAGGGCAAACGGUUCGACAGCUCGAUGACUGCCAAGGACAUUGGGAACGCCUGGGGGAUAAGCAUCGGGCUAUGUAAGGAAUACUGCGGCCGUGACAAACUUAACAUGGUCACCAGCUUCAACCGUCUCGCCGCCGGGUCCACGAGCUACCUGCUCCCGUGGCUCGCGCUCACGGCCCAGCUGCCGUACGAGACGGGGAGCACGGAGACCGACAUCAUGAGCGUCUGCGUCGGCCUCGGGAGCCCGAUGCUCAUGACCUUCUCCCUGAUGAUGACGAUCCUGAACAAGCGGUGGAUCCGGAAGCGGUUCCGCGACCUCGCCGGCAGCUGCGAGGGCGACGGCUUCACCCAGAUGCGGGUCCGGCUCAAGAGCGCGCGCGUCAUCGCCGAGGAGGCCCGGCAGGUGCCGACGCGGCUCUCGCAGAGGCACGCCUGGCUCGCGCGGCUGGUCAUGCUGGACGCGAACACGGCGUGGUGGAGGGCGGCGUCGGAGAGCCUGAGGUCGACCCGUCGCGGGGCGACCCUGUCUCUCUACGCGCAGCUGUCGGUCGCCGCCAUUGCUUGGGUUCUCACUGCCAUCGGCUCGCUCAAGACCAAGGUCGGCGAUACCGAAGAAGCCUUGGUUCUGUCCUCCGGAUCCCUAUGGAUAUGGCUGGUUCCCGUCAUCAUAGGUUGGGUCUUGGUAGGGACUCAAGACAAGGAAGACACAAUGCGAGUAGCCCUCGCCAACGCGAACAAAACCAUCAACAUCAGGAACGAGGAGACGGGCAUCGAAGUCGUCAGCGACAGGAAGAGCGCUCUGCUGACGGACCCGGACACGCGAUGCGUCAACGUGUCGCCGGCGACCUCGAAGGCCGCGCACAACACCAAGCCCAGAAUGAACCUGCGCAUCUUCGACGUCGCCGGCUUCCAGCGGCAGCAGGGCCCCGUCUUCAACUAUGCCCGAUCCAUCACCUGGCUCAACUUCGCCGACCGGCUGUACAUGGCCUUCGAGGCCGCGACCGACAGGAUGAAGGAACACGAGAACCUCUCGUCCCAGCCCGACGACACGCGGGACGCUCGCGUCAAGAUCUCCGCCGACUGCGGCCUCGUGACCGACUACUGCGACCACGGCGACGCCGCCCGGAGCCCGCCGGCCGCUGUUCCCGAUGCCUCCGCGUCGACCUCGACGAAUAAUGACACGGAUAGCAGCCGGCAGCAGCUCCUGGGCGCGGAAGCGCCCCCCGGGCACGAGCUGGUCGAGUACCCGAGCCUCGAAGAGAUGUCUCCCGCUGCGAUGUCGACCUUUUGGCGGCACGCCGCCUUCUCGGCGGCCGUGGCGCUCGCUCUGCAAUGGGGCACGACGGGCUGGGCCAUCUACAUGUCCUACGAGACCGUGGUCAAGGGGCUGGGGUGCCGGUCGGGCAGCUACGUCAUCUACGGCCUGCUCGCGUCCGCCUCGUGCGCCGCGAUGCUCGUCUCGGCCUGGCUCUCGCACUCGACGAUGCGCGGGUACCAGGGGGAGCUGAACACGACCGGUUUCCUCACGUCGCACGGCGCGACGCGGCUGCGCGGGGCGGCGGCGGUCACGGCGCGCCUCGCCGGCCAGUUCCUCCUCGUCGGCAACACGGUGUGGCUUCUGCUCAUCUCCAUCUUCGAGCUCAUAGGCUUCUUCGACAGCUGCUACUGCGCCGGGACGCAGCUGAGCAAGGGGCUCGACCACGGCUGGAUCCUCCUGUUCAAGGGCGCCGACUACCUCAAGUCGGACGCGCAGGCGGCCUGGGGGACGGGUAUCGGCAUGGGCUUCUUAACCAUCUUCUUGGCGGUGAUGAUUUUUUACCUGGCGUCUCGGCAGAAGCAUGAAUAA